GGAGUUCCAUAGCCACUUGAGUCCCAAUCUCCACCUCCUCACUCUCUCUCCCCCUUCCCUUACUUAACCCUCACAACCAUUCUCUUCCUUCCCCUAUCUAUCUCCUCAAUUUCCAUUCUCUCUCUCGCCCACCCACUUGCAAAUCUUUGCCUCAAUCAUCAAUCCAAUACAAACAAUGGCUGGAAGUGGAGUCGUCACCGUCUACGGCAACGGCGCAAUCACCGAAACCACCAAGCAAUCCCCCUUCUCCGUCAAGGUCGGCCUGGCCCAGAUGCUUCGUGGCGGCGUCAUCAUGGACGUCGUCACACCCGAGCAAGCCCGCGUAGCGGAGGAGGCCGGUGCCUGCGCCGUCAUGGCCCUGGAGCGGGUCCCUGCUGACAUCCGGGCUCAAGGCGGCGUGGCCCGUAUGUCCGACCCGCAACUCAUCAAGGAAAUCAAGCAGGCCGUCACCAUCCCUGUCAUGGCCAAGGCCCGAAUCGGCCAUUUCGUGGAGGCCCAAAUCCUUGAGGCCAUCGGCAUCGACUACGUCGACGAGUCCGAGGUGCUCACCCUCGCCGACGAUGAGAACCACAUCAACAAGCACAACUUCCGUAUCCCUUUCGUCUGCGGCUGCCGCCACCUCCGGGGGGCGCCGCACCGCCCCAAGGGGGAGGCCGGCACCGGCAACAUCAUCGAGGCGGUGCGCCACGUGCGCUCCGUGAUGGGCGACAUCCGAGUCCUCCGCAACAUGGACGACGACGAGGUCUUCACCUUCGCCAAGAAGAUCCAGGCCCCGUACGAUCUUGUGAUGCAGACUAAGCAGCUCGGGAGGCUUCCGGUGGUUCACUUCGCCGCAGGAGGAGUGGCCACCCCUGCAGACGCGGCGCUGAUGAUGCAACUCGGUUGCGACGGCGUGUUUGUUGGGUCCGGGGUGUUCAAGAGCGGGGACCCGGCCCGACGCGCGCGGGCGAUAGUCCAGGCGGUGACCCAUUACAGCGACCCAGAAGUGCUGGCGGAGGUGAGCUGCGGCCUCGGGGAAGCAAUGGUGGGAAUCAAUCUGAACGAUGAUAAGGUGGAGAGGUACGCGAACAGGUCAGAGUGAGAAGAAAAUGAAAUGGGUCGGGUAUUUGGAUCCAUCAGGAUGAAUUUGGGGGGUCAUAUUUGUUGUUCUUUGCAUUCUGGUCCUUAUACUUGUCAUAAUUUAGAUACAUAUCCCAUGACGUUUUAUGUUGAAUUGGAAAUUUUGCUGAAGCCCUCUCUUCUCAGUUCAGUAUGCUAUUGAGUGGAGUAUAUGUAGCUUCU